AUGGCUCACCUGAGCGACUAUGGGAACGGGAUGGGUCAUUUGCAGUCAAAGGGUAAGAAGCCAGCGGAGCGCAGAGGCAUGGCUUCUGAGUCCGACAAUGAGGUCGACUACGAGAACGUGUCCAUGGAGAACUGUCCCAUGCCCCUGCCAUGCAGCAACAAUAUGAAGGCGGCCGCACCGAACCGGAAGGACGAAGGAGGAGCAGGGCUGGACCUGUCGUCCGCAGCCGUGGCAGCUGCCUUCCAGCCCCCGAGAGGAGAUCUUCCCCUCCCUAAACCUGCCUCACGGAGAGGCUGCCCUGGAAGGUCUCUGCUGAUCACCUACGUCCUGCUGUGGGUUUGCUUCGUCAUGUGCAGCGUGUCCAUCGCCCUGGUCCUCAUGAAACACGCAGAGAUGUCCAAGGAGCUGCAGCAGAUGCGGACUGAUCAAUUCAUGCUCAUAGCCGAUGUGUCCAGGGAUCUGGCCAAAGCAAAACAUGACAGAGAUGACAUCAGGGCCAAGACCUACAAGAUCCUGGAUGUCGCACAGAAAGGUAACGGCACUUCCCGGUGCCAGCCUGGCUGGGAGCAGUACCGAGAGAGAUGCUACUUUUUCUCCACGGCUGCCCAGCACUGGCAGGCAGCCAGAAGCUCCUGUUCGAACCAGACUGCCAAUCUGGUGGUGAUCAACGAUCAAACGGAGCAGAAUUACUUGGCCAUUAAAGCUGAUUCUGUUCGUCACUGGAUCGGCUUCACAGACCAAAGGACUGAAGGCGUCUGGCGCUGGGUGGACAACACUCCUGCGGCAUUUAAGUUUUGGGCCACAGGGGAGCCCAAUAACAUGUACAGUUCUGAAAGCAGAGAUGAGGACUGCGCCCACCUGCACGAGGGCGGCCAGUGGAAUGACGUGUCCUGCAAUUUGCCCUUCAGGUGGAUCUGCGAAAAAGCUGCUUCUGUCUAA